UCGUUCCUCCUUGAAAGCUGCUCACUAAUCGCUAGAGGACGGUCUCUCCGCUGCUGUGUUACACACUAACGCCAUUUUGUGAAACGUCGCUGAUUAGCAGCUGAGCACAGACGCUGGAGUUAGAGGACUAGUGAAGGCCUCCUUAAAACCGUGAACCAUGAGCGGGUGUCGCAUUUUCAUCGGCCGGUUGAACCCCUCCGCCAGAGAGAAGGAUGUUGAGCGCUUCUUCAAGGGCUACGGAAGGAUCCGAGACAUCGACCUGAAAAGAGGCUUUGGAUUUGUGGAGUUUGAUGAUCCAAGAGAUGCAGAGGAUGCGGUGUAUGAGCUUAAUGGAAAAGAGCUGUGCAAUGAGAGGGUUACUAUAGAACAUGCCCGCGUCCGCUUGCGUGGGGGUAGGGGUCGAGGAGGUGGAGGACGCUUCCCGGAUCGUUAUGGCCGUGGAUCGCAGGAUAGCCGGAGGAAUCCCCCUCCUAUGCGUACUGAGAACCGCCUGAUUGUAGAAAACCUUUCAUCAAGAGUGAGCUGGCAGGACCUGAAGGAUUUCAUGAGGCAGGCGGGGGAGGUAACUUUUGCAGAUGCUCAUCGGCCAAAGCUCAAUGAAGGCGUGGUCGAGUUUGCCUCCCACAGUGAUCUGAAAAAUGCUCUUGAGAAACUGUCUGGGAAAGAAAUCAAUGGAAGGAAGAUCAAGCUCAUUGAAGCAGCCAGGAAAAAGUCCAGGAGUCGUUCCCGUUCCAACAGCUCAUCCCGUUCCCGUUCUCGUAGCCGUUCUCCUUCCCGCAGCCCCAAAACCCACAAACGCUCCCGCAGCCGCUCCUCAUCACCCUCUCCCUCCCCCGUCCAGAGAGCCAAAGAGACGAAGCGGGCGCGUACAGACUCUGGGUCACCACCAGCUCAGCGGGCCACAGCCUCGCGAUCUCCCUCUACUGACAGCCGCCGCUAAAGCAACUCUGUCCAUCCAGCUGAAGCUUUACUCUUUGGUCAGUCGCUGUCAGUCACUCUCUCGUGCCUGUUUUGCGUCUGUGUCAAACUGGCAUUAUAGUUCCUCUGAGCGGUGGAACAGUUUUUAUCUUUACAGCCACAGAUAGCAGCCGUGACCUCCAGCCUGAAGCCUGCUAUUCCUUCACUCACUCUUCAGAGGUAGAUUUGUGUCAGAGCUCUGGUUUUCUACUUUUCACAGUAAACGUUUGCUUUGCUUUCAUGUGCUUUUGAGUGAUGUCACAUUUUCACCAGAAUGAGAGCAGUGAUAUUUCUAGAAAUAUUGAUAGGUAAGUACUGUUUUAUAUUAAUUUGUGUUUUCUGGUCAUUGUGUAAAAGUAAUGGAAACGACCUUAAUACUAUUGUGAAACCUUACGUUCUUCAUGUGAAGACUGUGGCUGUGUAUAAGUUUGUUUUUUUGUUAAUAAACAAAAUUUUACUAUCCACUUCAUUGCAGGAGGACCAUGUUUAACAUAAAGUAGUACAAUUUUAAAAGAUGUUUCUAACAGUUAUGUUGAAGCUGUAAUGCUGUGUUUUUAUUUUAGCAUCAAGACAGGCAUUGGCAUAGAGGGGUUUUAUGCAUGCCUCUUCACAUUUGAAUUACAAGAAUACAUGAAUUUGAUUUUAUGUAUUACUACAUGAAUAAAACAUAAAAAUUCUAAUACUGUUCUGCUGUUACCAUCAUUUCAAGUACAGAAUUGUCACAGUUGCAACAUGAAAUGGAAAAAUUACAGAACAGUUCACCAACAGAAAAUGUACUCCAGGUAAUGCUUAAGAAAAUGUGCUUUUCAAAAAGGAAAACAGAAAUCAAUUCAUGUUUAAAAUCAUUUUGGUCUUCAACUUUCAGAUGAGGUCAUCUCUUCAGCACAGACUGAUUUAAAGCUGAACUAUUAUGAGGCUGGACCUUACAUCAUAGACCUUACAUCAUUAAGAUCCUUAAAGGAGCUCUCAGGUCAGAAUGAAAAAUCUUGUAGUGAGAGAAUACUGAUGAAAAAAAAAGGGAAAAAAAAAAA